AUACAAGUAUCUUGUUAAUAAACAAAACAUUCGCCACCCCCAGAUCCACUGAGCCAUAUAUAGAAAUGCAGUCGACGCUACGACAGGUUGUGACGGCAGUAGCCAAGACUCCACUCCGCACGAAUGCUGCCAUUUUGGGUGCCCUCAACGCCCGCUACUAUUCCAGCACACAUGAAGCUGAUAUUGUGGUCAUCGGCUCUGGCCCAGGUGGCUAUGUAGCUGCCAUUAAGGCUGCCCAAAUGGGCAUGAAGACCGUCAGCGUGGAAAAGGAGGCUACUCUUGGUGGCACUUGCCUUAAUGUCGGUUGCAUCCCAUCCAAGGCUCUGUUGAAUAACUCCCACUACUAUCACAUGGCUCAUUCGGGCGAUUUGGCCAGUCGUGGCAUUAACUGUGGAAACGUCUCCCUGGAUCUGGAGAAGCUAAUGGGUCAAAAGACAAGUGCAGUCAAGGCUUUGACUGGUGGCAUUGCCCAAUUGUUUAAAAAGAACAAGGUUACACAGCUGACGGGAUUCGGCAGUAUUGUUAAUCCCAAUGAGGUGCAGGUGAAGAAAGAUGAUGGCUCCAUUGAGACGGUCAAAACCAAGAAUAUAUUGAUUGCCACCGGCUCAGAGGUGACACCUUUCCCUGGUAUUACGAUUGAUGAGGAGGUUAUUGUCAGCAGCACUGGUGCCUUGAAACUUGCCCAGGUGCCCAAGCAUAUGGUGGUAAUUGGCGCUGGUGUCAUUGGCUUGGAACUGGGUUCAGUCUGGUCACGUCUCGGAGCCGAGGUGACAGCCGUUGAGUUCAUGGACACCAUUGGCGGUGUUGGCAUCGAUAAUGAAGUGUCCAAGACCUUCCAGAAGAUCCUCGUGAAGCAGGGCCUAAAAUUCAAACUGGGCACCAAAGUGACAUCUGCCUCUCGCAGUGGAGAUUCUGUCACCGUGUCGGUGGAGAAUGCCAAGUCCGGUGAGAAGGAAGAAAUCCAGUGUGAUGCCCUGUUGGUCAGUGUGGGCCGACGGCCAUACACCGAAGGCUUGGGUCUCGAAGCUGUUGGCAUUGUGAAAGAUGACCGCGGUCGCAUUCCCGUGAAUGCCACGUUCCAGACUGUGGUGCCCAAUAUCUAUGCCAUCGGCGAUUGCAUUCAUGGUCCAAUGUUGGCCCACAAGGCCGAGGACGAGGGUCUCAUCACCAUUGAGGGCAUCAAUGGCGGACAUGUGCAUAUCGACUACAAUUGCGUGCCCAGUGUAGUCUACACGCAUCCCGAAGUGGCGUGGGUGGGUAAAUCGGAGGAGGCCCUGAAACAGGAGGGUGUCGCCUACAAAGUAGGCAAAUUCCCCUUCUUGGCCAACUCGAGAGCAAAGACCAACAAUGAGACAGAUGGCUUUGUCAAAGUUCUGGCCGACAAGGCCACAGAUCGUGUCCUGGGCACACACAUCAUUGGCCCCGCCGCCGGUGAAUUGAUAAACGAGGCUGUCCUUGCCAUGGAGUAUGGUGCAGCUGCCGAGGAUAUCGCCCGUGUCUGUCACGCACAUCCUACCUGCGCCGAGGCUUUGCGUGAGGCCAAUGUGGCUGCCGCCUUUGGCAAGCCCAUCAACUUCUAAAUAAUGAAAUCCUACCCCUUUUCGAAAACUCUCAACAACAAAUAGAAAUUAUGGCAAAAGAAAAAAAACGAAAUGCAAAAGCGAUAUUUCUUUGAAUUUGGGCGAAGCGUUGAAUUCAAUUUUUUUUUGUUUUGUUUUUGUUUUAUUAAAAAAUAUUGCAAAUUUUGCAAAUAAAUGUAAUUUAUGUGUAUUAAGUGUAGAAAAUAAAAACAAAAAUAUUCGAGAAAAUUGAAAACGAAACGCACCGAAAAAAUAAAUCUUGAAAGUUGAAUUAACAAAGAGAGCGCGCUAGA